UUCAGAGCUGCAGUAAUGCGUUCGUUGGGUUAUCUUGCCUCUGCUGAGCCCUGCUGCUCGGUCGCCCUGAGGCGUUGUACCCCCUCAGAGAGUUUUACAGACACUAACAAAUAAAGUGGGCCGUUUGUCAGCAGGGUUUCUCCACUUAUUGUUUUGCUGCUGCUGUGACAGAAGCUACGGAAGCAGCACCUGUUCAAUCACUGUAGGCUAACGCACAGGGCGUACGUUGAGACUUCUGAACGUCACAGACAAGAUGAUCUACAUUAUAAUGGGAGUCUCAGGUUGUGGAAAAACCAGUUUGGGGACAUUCCUUUCGGAAAAGCUUGGCUGGCCCUUCUAUGAAGGCGAUAACUUCCACCCGCAGGAGAACAUUGAGAAGAUGGCUCGUGGAGAACCGCUCACAGACCAAGUCAGCCCAGGAGCCUGCAUACAUGACAGAUUUCCUUGGCUUCUCAGACUACAUGAAGUCAUUGAGAGAGAAAGGUCUUCAGGCUCAGAUGCUCUUUUAGCGUGUUCAGCUCUGAAGCACCUCUACCGGCAGAUUCUCCUCCACGGCUCCACUGUUGUGGCACCAACCAGUAGUGCCUCACUUGCCUCCUCUCCAGAGGUCUUCUUCCUCUACCUGCAUGGCGACUACGAUCUCAUUCACCAGAGGAUGGUGGCCCGACAGGGACAUUACAUGAAGGCAGAUCUGCUGCGCUCCCAGUUUGAUAUUUUGGAGCCUCCGUCAGACGAGGAAAACGCGCUUACCCUGGACAUCAGGAAAAGCCGGAAUGAGAUGAUCCUGGAAGUAGAGAAGCACAUUGAGAGUCUGAAGUUGUGAAGCUGGAAUCGUGGUAAACGAAUGGGAACACUACAUAGUUUAUUGAGUGAUUCUUACCCAUUUUUGUAUGGGUAAAUGAACUGAACUUUUGCUUUAUUGCCCUGAAAAGGUUCUAAAAUCCAGAUGUCUUAAAUGUUUCAUAUGAGAAAUAAGCAUAUUAUUUGCUACAUAGCAAUAACUCGUUUUGAUAAUUUUCCCCUUCUCUUAACCUACUUUUUUGUUUUCAUAAAAUGAAGUUCAGAAUUUAUUCCUGAGUGUUGUUAUACGUGUUUUUCUCCCCGAAAGAAAUAAUAUUUUUUAUAAUCAA